GAGAAUAAUUGAAAACAAGAAAUAAAGUACCUAUUACCAAUUACCUAGAUACUUUAAGUUUUCCCAAUUCACUAAACUCAAAAUCAUAAAAACAAGUUUAAAAUUUAAAAAUAUACAUUAAUUUUAAUUCUGCCUUUAUUAAAAGACAGAAUUAGAAUUAACUCUUAUAUUACUAAAUCGAAAUGAAAUUUCUUACACUGGGACUACUUUUACUGUGUGGGGCGCCGCUGACUGCCCCCAGAGCACCCAACAAGCCCGGGCUGCGGUUGCAGUCUCAUAGUAAAGACUGGAUUCGCAAGGAGAUCAGCGCAAUCAUCCACAUGACCUUGGAGUUUGUCAAAGAUAUGGAUAUGAAAAUGCGCGACGUCCGCCGCAUCGAGCGCAACUACUACGGCACUUAUGACUUUGGCGCCGCGCGCAUAUUCAGCGCUAUUGGGAACAAGUUCGACCACAUGUGCGCGCUGUACAAAAACACCUCGCGGGUUCCUUACAUUAUAGAGCAGGAGCGGGAUCUGCGGUCGGAGGUCGUCGGAAUGCUGCAGUUCAUGUUGAGCGACUACGACGAGCUGCAGUCACUGAUAGACCUGUUCAAGGAGCGCUUCAAGCACUGGAGGCAAAUAUCGAAGCGCUAUCUGGAUCACGAAAUCAUUAAAAAGUACCUGAUUUCCCAAAAAGUUUUCCCUUCCAGAUGGAAUUUUACCGAGGAGAUGGAAGUAUGGCGCUAAUUUUGGUUUAUUCGAAGCAUAUACAAAUACAAAUCCUCUUUUCACAUCACCUUUUCGAAAAAGGGCUUUUCCUUCCCCGCUAGGAGGGAUCAAAGUGGCACUUUUCUUCCCUGCUAGGAGGGAUCAAAGUUGUACUUUUCUGUACUAGGACACGAUUUUUUCUUUCUGGCAUACUAUUUUUAUUGGUCAGAUAAUACAUAUUUUGGAACAUAACAAUUUUCUCAUAGUUGAUGUGACAAACAGUAUAUCUUGACGGAAAUAUAUCAUUUUGAUCCCUUGUAACACAAACUACUAUUGUGGAGAUUCUAAAGUAGAAUCCUGAGCGUAAUGAGGGAUUCAAGUGUUAACGCCCAAGACGAAAUAAUUUUGAUACCGUGUGACACAUACUGCUUGUCACAUCAACUAUGAGGAAAUUGUUAUGUUCCAAAAUAUGUAUUUAUUUGACCAAAAAAUAUUCAUUAUCCUGUAUCACUGUUACAAAGAUCAAGGGAAUUAAUACUGGUAUUAAUUCCCUUGAUAGCCGCUAAAAGGCUUUUGGCUGAUAGCUGUGCUAAAAUGAUUUUGGUUGCAACAUUAACUAUUAAAUCAACUAA